AUGAAAAUUAACAAGUCAAUCAGGGAAAAUUCUGAUAUGACAAGUUUUAAAAAAUUUUAUGAAUAUUAUUCUACUAUCGAAUGCAAAAAUGAUUUUUUUAUUACUUGUUUCGAACUGAAUAAUGAAAAUUACAAGUGGAAUUGUUUGGAUUGUGGUUUGAUGUUAACAUCAGAAUCACAAGCUAGAGAACAUUUUUUAGGAAAAAAACAUCAAAAUGUAUUAAAAAAUAAAACAUUUUACAAUUCUUUUAUUGAUAUAACUAAAACUAGUCCGAUUAAUUGUUUAAAAACAUUUUCCAAUUCCAGUGAUAAUAUUUUGUCAGAAAGUAGUAGAAUACAAAGUUUGAGAAAAAAUUAUUUUAAUGUUCAUACUCAUGGGAAAAAUAAUUUUCAAAACAUUGUUCCUCCUCCCGAACUCCUUCUGGUAAAUAUUAUUGUCAAUCAUGUGACCUCACAGUUAAUUCACCUGUUCAAUUUUUACAACAUUCUCAAAGUAGAAAACAUAAACAUAAACAUAAACAUAAACAUAAACUAG